AUGUCAUUAUGUGGAGAAUCAGACUCAUUGUUAUGUCAGACAUUUCCAGUUUUUCUGAGAAAACAGGCGUUAGAAUGGUUUACGGUGUUGCCAGUGAACUCUGUGGACAGUUGGUCGGAUUUGUCUCUCCGGUUUAUACAGCAGUUUGCCCAUUGCAGACCCCAGCCCAAGACCACACACAAUUUAUGUGGAGUAAGACAAAAGCCGAGAGAAAAAGUGAGAGAGUAUUAUGAAAGAUUUCAAGCAGAAGCUAGGCAAGUGAAGGGGUUAGAGAAUCAGACGUAUUUGUUGUUAUAUACCACCGGGUUGCAGCCUGGCGGGUUGGCAGAUUCGUUGGCAAAGAAAGGUCCGGCUACGAAAGAAGAUUUGAUGGAAAGGAUUCGGAAGUACAUUGAUCUAGAAGAAUUUAAAUCUUCUCAAAGAAAAAUUGAACAAGGUUUCAGAGAGGCUACAUUUAGGGUUCCUGGCAGGCCUGCAGGGAGAGGACAGUUUGAAGAAAGGCAGCCUCGAGUAGUCGGAGAGAGAUUUAGAGAAGCAUACAGGAGGGAGUUUACACCAUUAAAUACGUCCAGAGCCCAGAUAUUAAAAGAAGUAAUGACGACGGAAAUGCGAAACGUUCCUAGGCCGCCACCGAUUCGGUCAAGUUACGCACAAGCAGAUAAGACAAAGUGGUGCGAGUUUCAUCGAGGGUAUGGACACCUUACAAAUGAGUGCUUCAAUUUGAUGAAUGUUAUCGAGAGGCUGAUUAAAGAAGGGAAGUUACAGAAGUAUGUGAGAAGAGGAGAAGGAGAAGGGUGUAAGGAGGAUAAGGAUAGGCGACUAGAUCGUAGUCACAGCCCGCCUGGAGGAAGGAAUAAAGAGGCUAACGAAAACCAAAAAGUUCAAGCAUCUCCGAGUCAGGUUCCAGUGGGGCAUAUUUGCACUAUAGCCGGAGGACGAGCAAGAGGAGGAGAAUCAGGUAAUGCCCGAAAAAAGCAUUUGAAGAUGUGCAUGGCUAUUUCGGAGAAGCCGCGUUUUAAAGAGGAAAGAAGGAAGACGGGUAAACAUGUAGUGUUUGAAGAUCUAGAAGACGAAAUAUUAGAUCUGGAGCAUGAUGAUCCCUUGGUUAUCUCAGGGUUGCUAGCAAAUUACCAAGUGGAUAGAAUGUUGGUGGAUCCGGGGAGCUCGGUGGACAUUAUAUUCUGGGAUGCGUUCCGAAGGAUGGAUUUAGACUGUGACCAGUUAGAACUAUGGGGAGCUGAUUUGUUAGCAUUUACAGGAGAUAAGAUUAAGCCGUUAGGAUACGUCCCGUUGAGGUUGACUCUGGGUAAGGCACCCACGCACAAAACAGUUACGUUGUCGUUUGCAGUGGUAGAUUUGGGUUCAGCUUACAAUAUUAUUUUGGGAAGACCAUUUAUGAAGAAGUUCAAGAUCUUUUUGUCGAUAGAACAAUUGGCUAUGAAGUUUAUGGCUAAAGACGACAAUGUGGCCACAGUAAGGGCGGAUCAAGUGGUGGCUCAGAGUUGUUACAAUAUGAGUUUGUGA